AUGAAGCAGCUGAUAAAGCCAAACAAUGGUAAGGCUUAGUGAACAGGCAGUUUGGGAAAUUGAUGCAUCUCUAGUGUGUCCUGAUGCAUCUUGACAUUUGGGUGUUCUUGGACAACCUUGGAAACAAGAUCAUGUGGUCGGGACUUGCAUUAGUCGAAACACAAACUGUUAAGACUGCACAGUGCCACACCUAGACAAGCAUCAGUCAACCCUUGAGUUUGUAUGUUCACGUGCUGCUGUGAUGACAUUUAUUUGCUACUCUUGACAAGAUGGAUGACGAUACUCUCAACCCACCAGUUGUUAAGCUGAGGCACAGGAUUUAAUGUCAAAACUUUAGGUUAUUACUCUUCAUCGCUCAUCUCUGGUUUAUUCCCUCAGGUGUGCAGCGCUGGCUCAAACAGAUGUACUACAUCCACAACAGGUACUAGAUCAAACCUCUACUUUGUGUUCUCCCUCAACCAACUGUGAAUGAUGAUCUUGUUUAUUAAACAAUGGGAAUCUCUCUGAAAAGAGUGAAAGAGAACUUUUUGCUGAUACAGUGCAGCCUCAGUAACACCUGCAACCUUUUUAAAUAAGAAUCUCUAAAGUGUUUGUCAUUUUUUAACUUGCAGAUGAUGCAGAUACAGCCUUGGAUCUACUAUGCAUGUUCCUGGAUCAGUUAAAGGUGAGUUAAAUCAAGUGAAACUGUUACAAACCAACAGGCCUGAUACAAUGAUGACUGCAUAGUUCAGCAGAUGAAACAAUGAAGAAUAACUGUUGUCUUUCGCUCCUAUCUGAUGUAUCAGCCUUAAUAAUCAUUUAGGCAAUCUAUUAUAUUGAUUUUAUUCAACAAGUUUUCAUCUAUUUUCAGGAACAAGUGUCUGGCAUAAAAUGAGGUCUAGUCAAGGUGAGUUUAAAGUACUGUGUACAUUUAUCUUUGUAUUUGAUACAGUGAUGAUUGCAUAGUUCAGCAGAUGAAACAAUGAAGAAUAGCUAUUGUCUUUCGCUCCUAGCUGAUGUAUCAGCCUCAAUAGUCAUUGAGGCAAAUCGUAGUAUUUAUUUUUAUUUAACAAUUUUUCAUCUAUUUUCAGGAACAAGUGUCUGGUGUAAAAUGAGGUCCAGUCAAGGUGAGUAGGAAGUACUAUGUACAUUAAUCUUUGCAUUUGAUACAGUGAUGAUUGCAUAGUUCAGCAGAUUAUACUGUGACGAAUAAACUGUCUUUCGCUCCUAUCUGACGUGUCAUAUGUUCCACUACUUCACCCCUUUUGGGAGUGGUUUGGGUACUUGAAUAACAAAUAUCCUGUCUCUCUGCAGACAGACACAAAACCUGGCUGUGAGCACUUCCUCAAAGCCCUGUGUUGGUAAGUAGAGUCUGUAUUCUGAGACUGCUCAAAUGUUCAGAUGUGAUGAAUUUGAAUCAGGUCGCUGAUCCAGUUGAGGAUAUUUUGUCAUUUUUUCUGAUCUGACUUGUUCAGAAUAUUUCUUCACUCUUUGAUCUUCAUUAUUUAAUUUGAUCUCUUUUUUUGACUUUGCAGACCCAGCUGGCGUUGGUAGCAUGUGCUGGAUGUCACAAAGGCAUGGUAAGUAAGAAAUGUGACAGCAGCACCUCAGACUCAGUUGACCAAUAUUUUUUUUUAUCUUAAUUGUACUUUUUUAUUUAUUUUUUGUAGUUGACCAUCUGGGUCUGAGAGUUGCAUGCUAGUUGGAAUAUUGUAAUUAACUAAGACUGACCUGUAUGAUGACUUGUUGAACACUGACAACAAACCAUGGAGUCUAUCAAUAUUAGCUCUAGCUGAUCUGGUCAGUGUGCUAAUGUUCAUCCUCAUGUCUGGUGUGCAUAUUAAACUUAUUUUAUUUUUGUUUUUCUUAAGGCUAACCCUUUUGCGGUAGAGGACCACUUGGAAGACAAGUGACAGGUAAGAGUUUGGAUGUUUAACACAUUAAAAUGCCUGAGGGUUUGCGCUACCUAGUCUGGUGUACAAGAAUUGCAAAGUUCUUGAACUAGACUGGAUUGUUUUAACUGAAUGUAAAUCAGCCACAUUACCAGUGAUGAAAAGAUUCUGCCAAAUGAAUUGCGUUGAUUAUAACCCUUACCGUUCCAUUAUAUCUGAGGUCAUGUGGUCAAUUCAACAUUGAUUCUGUCCUGCUCUUGGCACUUGCUUUUGAUUUUAAACAAAUCUGUCUGUUCCCUCAGGAAUGUGUCUUCAGCCCUUAGACCCUUGGAGUGAAGUGUCCCACAUUGACAAUAUUGGCACAAGUGAGUAUGAAACUGAAUACUAAUAGUAUAUUUUCCUGUAAUGCAAUGUAAAAGAUUGUGCUUGGAAAAUGACAAUUUCAUUCCCAGUAGUUUUUAAAAAGGCCUCAUAGGUCUCUACGCUAAUUGAUUUUUAUUAUUUUUUUCUUCUCAGGUGCUGCAUCUUGUAUGCUGUUCUUGGAGGCCAUUUGACAUCUGCAGCUUGAAGAACAUGUGAAAUGUUUUGAAUUAUUUGCCAAUAAAAGUAAAAACGCAUUUUCUUUGUCUGUGGUUGUUUUUUUUUGUUUUUUUUUUUCAUUCCCCCACGAACAAAGUGGUACGACUGAGUAUUAGGGCCACAUUUAGAAAAAGAAUUUAAGACUUCGUAAUUACUUAUGAGAAUAAAGUCGUCGUAAAAUCAUUACUUAUACGAAUGAAAUUGUAGACGAUGGCUAUUCAAAUCUAUUGUUACUUUUAAUGAGCACUGGCGCUUUUAGAUGAAUUGAACUUAAGUAGCCUGGUUUCACAAACAAAGAAAUCCUUUGGUGUUUCAGCAUCACAUAGUCGUAAGUAUCAGGACAUGUGCAAGAAAUGCAUCUUUCUGCUGAAAGAACCAGGAGGACUUGUAGAGAAUAGCUGGUUUUGAGGAGGGGAAGUGGCUAUGCAGAGGCUAAAUCCCUCGAUGCAGCUGUUUAUAGCAAUAGCCAUAUGUCUGUAGGCUAACCCAAUAUAGGUGACUACAUGGGGGUUAGCGCCAUUUUGAGGGGUGUCCGAAACCUCAUUUAUAUAUUCCAGUGCCCUAUAUAGGUGACUCAAAAUUUCCCAUAAAGCAUUGCAAAAUGAAGUGACCAUCCAAUGGUCACUCACCGGUGGUGGGCAUCACGUCAUGCAUUGCGUCUUGCCAUGUAGUGUCCAAAACCUGUGGUGAUUGAGUUCACUACAUUGUCAGUUUAUAUGGUGAAACCCCAUAUGCGGGUUAGGGAUUGAGUGAUUCAUUUCGGACACAGCCUUUGAUCCCUUUUGAACACAUUUGUUAAAAAUUGGUUGACCAAUGCCUCGGUAUCAGUGUAUAUGGUAAAUAACAGUUGGCUUUAAAGUGAAACAGUUUGAAGCAAUACCCAUGGCCCUCUUAAAAGCCCCCCCUUUAAACGGCUCUGGCAAUCCCUCACUGUGUGGGGGAAUACAUGUAACCGGAAAUGACGCCGUUCUUGCUCGCAGAUCGUUAAAAACGGGUUUAGCCAGAUGGUUGCUUUAUUUUUUAACUUUUCUGGUUUCCCUUUCCUGUUUUGCGUGUAGCAUGUAACUACCAUAUUACUGUUUUUGACUGUUAAUAUCCGACACUCUUGAAAAGUCUAAUGACGAUUAACGAAGGCGGGCGGAGUCGAGGGACAGCGAACCGCGCCGUACAGGAAGCCAAAACGAGCGCCCCUUCGGUGAAACGGGGAGAGGUGCUCUGGAUCCCCCCCAAUCCAGACCACCAGCGAAGGUCCAGGUCUGAAUAAAUGGGACUGAAAUAUCAAGGAACGGUGCACUUUCUUGUUUUUUCCGUCUAGGACCAGCCUCUUCACCGAUGUUUGUGCGGUGGUUGCUCCCCGUGUUGUGCUCUCUGUCUGCAGAGGCUGACUUCUUCCACUUGGACAGCAUUUCUAAUGUCUCCACUUACUAUUUUAAUUACAUUUAUUGCAAUAUAUGGGAGGGAGAUUGUCAGCCUAACCAAGAUGAUGCUACACAGCAAGGUAAGGGAAUGAAACAUCGCAUAUAAUAUUGGAAGAUUAAAAAUGACUAGUGCUAAAAGAAGCUAUCAAAAGCAUUUCUGUGAUGCUAGUCAAAUUUGUUGCCUGUCACGAGACGAACAUAAUUGACUCUACUCUUAUUGCUUUACUGUUUUAUAGCCUGGACUAUGGCAUUGACUUCGACUCAUGUUAUUCAGUAACAAAAGCUUAGUGUGAAAAGCUGUCUGAAUUUGUUUAUGAUAUUGUUGUUGUUGUGAUUUUGCUGUUAAUUUCAGCAGUUCCCACCAGGGAUAUCUGGGCAGGUUUUUCUCAAGACUAUGUCAGCCUGCUCCAUCAGUGGUACUGUAGUCUGGGCCAGUGCUGUGACUCUGGAGACUGCAGGAUAACCAACAACAUCACAGGUAUCACAAUCCAGCCUCCUUACAGUUACAGUGUCAUUUAGUUCUACAGUGUGUACUCAAAAUAUUAACCCUUCAUUAUGCAUUUUUUUAUGAUUUAAAGUGUGUUUUCAGAUUCCUGUUUAGCUCACACAGGUUGUCAAAAACUUUUAGUUUCUUCUCCCCUUCAAAAAGAGAAUAAAACCUGUUUAUUGUUUGCUGUUUUAGUUGUAGAUCUACCAGUCAGUGUCCUCCAAGUUCAAUUAAACUUGAGUAAAACUUCUAAAAUUAUCACAUCAGUGAAAGAGUUGUAUUCCUCAUAGUGGUGAUAUGCAGAGAACAUCAUUUAAAAGUGAACAUUUCUCAUGGUUUUUGGUUUUCAAUGUUUUACAGUUUUGGACUUGAGAGGUGCAUUGCUUUUCUUGAGCUGUAAUUAGAGACUUAUUCGCUGUUCAUUAGCUCCAUUUGACAUUGAGUAUAAUACCUAAAUACUGAACGUUGUUGCCUUACAGCAGAGUUACUAAGUGGAAGCACUGCACCCAUUCAGGAAUAUUCUUUAUCUACUACUAUUCUUUAGCAUGCUUUCUCCUCUUUGUGCACGUGCAGGUCUGGCAAGGGACCUCCAGACAAAGCUCCACGGACAACACCUUGCUCAGUCUGUGGUUCUGAAAGCCAUUCAGGGUUUUAUCAAUAACCCAGAAUCCAACAAACCGCUGACUCUGUCCUUCCACGGCUGGUCUGGAACAGGCAAGAAUUUUGUGGCCAGGAUCAUUGCAGAUAACCUGUACCGUGACGGGGUGAAGAGUGAGUGCGUUCGCCUGUUCAUUGCACCAUUCCACUUCCCACAUGCCAGGCUAGUGGACACGUACAAGGUGAGAGUUGCAGGGCCCUACUUGGCGCAGGUUUUGAUGUUCUGUGCUAGGAUUAUGUUGGCAUUAUUCUUGGGAUCCUCUGUUUGCUUCAUUAGAUGUUUAGUCUGUGUGUUGAAAUUUGGCUGGGGAAUGGUCUGGAUCGAUGUUUGUGCGGCUGAAUCAAAUCAAACAUUAAUCCUGCACACGCUCACAUGCAUUGCCUGGUGUUUGCCCCACUAGGUCAUAAGUGCCAAUCUGGUGCAAUUUAAACACUGUUUUGCAUAAUCCUUACUUCAGCAUGGAAAACAAAAUGUUGACUCAACAUAAUUACACAAUCUAAUUCAGAUUAAAAAAGGGUAUAGUUCACAGGAUUACCUUUAACCUAAUUUUUUUUUAAAUCUGAGAAGCCCUUUAACCUAAAUCCCUCUACCUCUCACUUUUUUUGUUUUGAGUGUUAAAAACUCUCAGUAACAGUUUUACUUAAUCCUCCUCUCUGUAUCCAGGGCCAGCUGAGAGAGGCAAUCCGGGAUUUGGUGCUGCGCUGCCCUCAGACGUUGUUCAUCUUUGACGAGGCUGAGAAACUCCAUCCAGGCCUCAUUGAUGCUAUCAAGCCCUACAUGGAUCACUAUGACAAUGUAGAUGGCGUCAGCUAUCGCAGAGCCAUCUUCCUUUUCCUCAGGUUGGUCUCUAUAGCAGGAGCAUCCUGUCAGAUGAUUCAGAACCUCAGAGUAUAUUUCAUCUUUGGCCCUGAUAUUUGGCUGCUCUGUGAUGUUUCUCCAACCUACAUUUCCCUCCUGAAUAAAUUGUUUGGUUACUUAUCUCCUCUUGCUGAUCUUAUAUUUCUUCUAGAAAUAUAUUUUCCACUCCACAGUUGUGGUCCUUAAGUAUUUUACAAGACAUGGUAACUCUAUGAUUACAUACACAAAGUAACUCAGUAAAUAUCACAGGACAUUUUGUGAAAAAGAUAAUUUCCCUUUUUAUAACACAUUUGUCUCAGUAAUGCAGACAGUUUUAAUAAUCAAUAUUUAGACAUCAUGAAAAUACAGCUGUCAAUAAUUGAAGAGAUUUGACGUAACGCUUUUUUUUUUUGCAUGUUCUCUUUCUCACCACAGUAACAUUGGUGGAGCAACAAUCAAUGAUGUAGCUCUUGACUUCUGGCACUCUGGUCAAAAUCGGGAGGACAUUGGCAUGGAGGACUUGGAGCAUCGGCUUCGAGCUGAAACUAUGGAGUCUCAAGGUACACUGCAGAUGUUAGAUUUGAGCCCUCAGCUGGUGACCAGAUGUUUAACUCUCUAUAGUGGUCUUUGGAAUUGUUUACUUCGGCUCUCUGCCAUUUGGCCUGGGUGGGAACUGAUGUAUCAAUUUUUCCAUGGUUGCGGAGGUGGUGUGAGGGUUGUUCAACUAUUUUAACUUCUUUGGGUAGUCAGAAUAGAGCUGCAAAGAGAAGAGAUCUGCAGUGCAUCUUUAUUCCUAGAUUGUUGGUAUAAUAAUCCCUUCACAAUCUGUCGUAAAAUCCAUUGAUGAUAUCAUUUUCUUAUAGUCCUCAUUUUUCUUUAUGGUUGUUUUUCCCAGGUGGAUUUGCUCAGAGUGAGCUGAUGUCAGGCCACCUUAUAGACUUCUUUGUGCCAUUUCUGCCUCUUGAAUAUCGGCAUGUCAAACUCUGUGCACGGGACGCCUAUGCAGCACGAGAUCUAGAGAUGGAUGAAGCUACACUGGAUGAAGUCGCCAAGGCGAUGCUGUAUGUGCCCAAAGAGGAGAGACUCUUCUCAGCCCAGGGUUGCAAGUCCAUUCCCCAGAGGAUCAACUUCUUCCUUCCCUAA